AUGGACCACGCUCAACCUACCAAACUAGGCUUCUUGGCUGUGCCUGCCGCCCCAUAUAGUAUCGGGAUUCUGGUCUUUGUACUGGUGGUGCUGGCUGCUAUCGGACCAUGGGCUGUGGUUGAUUCUAUCUUGAAUUGUUAUUUGUCAUUUGUGCAUCGCAUCCCCGCUGCAGAUGGGAAGAAGUACAUCUCGGGACCGGCGUACACAUUUCCAAAUGGACAGAUGGUUGAUAAGUUCUUGGAUGCGCGAACGAAGAGCUGGGAGUGGGAGGAGAAAUAUGGUAAGACGUAUCGCAUUUGGGCUGCCAGUAUCCCUGAGGUUGUCAUAACGGACCCCAAAGACGUUGAGACGCUAUACCAGCAGUCUACCGACCACAAUAAGGCGCCCCAGGCGAAUGCCGGCUGGCUCUUGACCCAGCUGCUUGGGUCAGGCUUGGGCCUAAUUAAUGGGACUCGCUGGACAUCACUACGGAAGACUUUGGAUCCAAUGUUCUCCCACAGAACUUCCCUGCAGUAUUUCAGUGAUAGCCUCGACGCCGGCGCUGAGAAUUAUGUUGCUGGAAUCCACCAGUUCGCGAAAGCGGACCAGGUGUGCGCAGAUGGCAAGAGCAUUAUCCUCAAUGCCACACAGGCACUGCAGCGAUAUCCCUUUUUUGAGGUCGCGUCGAUGUUCUAUGGGAAAAUGAGUGAGGAAGAACAGGAGCGACUGUGGGUUCUAGGGCGUCGGUAUUCGGAGGUCUUUGCGGCGAUCGUGUCUGGAGGAAUUCAUCGGUCUAAGCUGACCAGGUAUCUGAAUACAAAAGCUUGGAACAAUGCGAGAGACUAUCAGACGGCCUGGCGGGAGUUCAACAGGGAGAUAUAUAAGCGGAGAAAGCUCACAGCCUCUGAAGCGCCGAUCGUGGUCCUCACGGAAGCCGCCGAAAGAGGUGAACUGACAUACAAUGAGGUGACUGACACGAUUGCCGAAUCCACCUUUGCUAAUCUGGACAUCGUCACCCACGUUAUCUCGUCAUGCAUAAUUCUCCUAGCCGAUGCCCCUGAGGUCCAAAAGGACCUUCUCCAGGAGAUGAACAGAAAUAAAGCGGAUCGAAAAGCUUACAUUACCAGAAAGGACACUCUUCUGCAUUACUGUCUGUUGGAAUCGCUCCGCCUUCGGCCUGUUCUAUGUAAGUCUUCGUCACUGCUACACCACGAGGGCUGGAAUAUCAGUUGA